CAAACAACUUCCCCCUCACAUCCAACUGAAAUCUGCCCUCCCUCAGCUUCCAAUCAUUUCCCCUUGUCCUGCACCGGCGUCCGAGCUGCGGCGGGGAGGCAGCGCUGCCAGCAGAGGGAGGUGGGGAUCGCAGAACAACCGAAUGCUUGGGUUGGAGCAGAGCGAAAGGCCCUUCCUACAGCAGGGCCGUGCUCGUGUCCCUGUCCCUCAGCGCGUCCUCUCAGCCUUCCAGUGCGUCCCCUCAGCGCGUCCCUCUGUCCCUGAGGGCAUCCCUCACAGCGUCCCUCAGGCAUUCUCUCAGUCCCUCAGCGUGUCCCCUCAGUGUAUGCCUUCAGUUUGUCCCUCUGUCCUCAGCGUGCCCCUCACUGCGUCCCCUCACUGCGCCCACCAGGACAACAUGGCGGGGGUGGGGGGGCUGGAAGCGAGAAGGCGGCCCCGCCCGUCGCAUGCGCGACUCUGGUCUUACCCCCCCCUCCCCCCCCACGCGCACACACAGCCGCCAUGCUGCAGGAGCUGAACGAGCUGCUGGACGCCGCCCCGCAGCGCCCGGACACGGGUAAAUUCACACUGCUGCGAGACAGCAGAACGGAUGGCAGCUUCUUGGUGCACCACUUCCUCUCCUUCUACCUCAGAGCUGGCUGUAAGGUUUGCUUCCUGGCCCUGGUCCAGUCCUUCAGUCACUAUAACAUUGUAGCACAGAAGCUGGGGGUCAGUCUAACAGCUGCCAAGGAACAGGGACAGCUUGUCUUUUUGGAAGGCCUCAAGUCCUGCCUUGACCUUGUGUUUGGGGAGGAGGAGCGGUCAGGACAGCCCAAUCCUCUUCAGUUUAUAAGUGGGAGCGUUUCCAACCUCAAAGACCUGUUUGACUUUGUCCGGACGUCCCUGACGCCCACUGACAGCGACUGCUGGAAGGGCCGGGUGCUGCUGGUGGAUGAUCUCAGCGUGCUGCUCAGCCUGGGUGCUGCGCCAGUGGACGUGCUGGACUUCAUCCACUACUGCAGAAUGGUGGUGUGCUCUCAGCUCAAGGGGAACAUUGUGGUGCUGGUUCAUGGCAGCGAGGAUUCAGAAGAUGAGGAGAACAAGCUGGUGGUGACCUCCCUGUGUCAUCACAGCAACCUGAUUCUGUGGGUGGAAGGGCUGGCAACUGGCUUCUGCAAGGACGUUCAUGGGGAGAUUAAAAUAAUUAAGAGAUUGUCCUUGGAGUCAACAGAGCAGGACGUCAUCCAGAUCUAUCAAUACAAGAUCCAGGACAAGAAUGUCACCUUUUUUGCUAGAGGGCUGUCAGCUGCUGUCCUGUGAUGCAGUGAUACCACACAGAGCUGUGAGAGCACUGCAGCACAAGGAGAACUGGUACUGGAACCUAUAGAUCGGUACCUAAAGAUCAGACAUGCUGCAAAACCAGUCUGCUUGUUUCCUCAGUGCCUUCCAGGAGCUGUGCAGCAACCUGGCCUAAGAGGGAAGCUUAAAAGCAUCUCGAACUGCAUGUAGACAAGGGCAUCAGCUUGCCGACAGCUUGUUGCAUCUCUUUGUCAUCCCAGCCUGUUCCCAACACACAAGGCCACAAAGAACAGCACCAACUGACGUGGAUGUGCCUUGGAGCAGGUCCAUGCAGGCAGGGGGCAUGCCCUGAGGGCUGGGCAUGCCUCACCUUUUCCGGUUGUGUUUGGCUGCUCCACCCUGGCAUUUAAAGAGAUGACACAGAGAGGGCGGAGGCAGGGAUGGCUUGGGAACAUGUUGCAAUUCUUACCUUUCUUCCAGCUCUGGCAUGGGAGAGAUUUGCUCAACUCCCAGUUGACACAGAAUUAAACAAUACGUAGCUCUGUAUAUAGCUGCACUCCUUGCUGAUGUAAGACUUGGAGGCCACCUCGUUUGGGUUCCUUGCUUUUUGUUACUUUCCCUCUUUAAUAUAAAACCCCUGUGCCCAUGUGUGUCUCUUUGGUGUGUGACUUCUCCAGCUUGUCCUUGUGCAGGCAACAUUGCUAUCAGUGUGUCCAGAGCACAACCACUGAUGCUUUAUGACCUACCAGUUCCUGUCAAGAAGUGUUAUUAGGGGCUCGUGGUCCCUCAUUUUGAUUAGAUAAGGGAUAUAGGCAGUAUGUAGCCAUUACUCUUCUGCAGCAGGUUGUUAGGAACAUCCCAGUGAUGAUGAU